AUGCUUUCUCUACGAGCUGAAUUUCAACUUGAUGUAUUGAAAUGUCUUAGUUUCAACCAAUUAUUUUCUUUUAAACAAACAAAUCUUUAUUUUCGAAAUUUAAUUAAUAAAUAUGAGGGACAAUUGGCACGAAAAUCAUUUGAGUAUCUUGGAAUAUGGCAAGAAGCGAUUGACAAGUCAAUUCCGUUGUUUUUAUAUUUAGAACAAGAAACAGAAUUUGUUUUUGUUUCUGCAGGUUCAGAAAUAUUUUUUAGUGCCUCAAAAGCUUUAAUUUUUUUAUAUAUACCUAAUUCUAAAUUUUCUUUCUCUUUCAUUUUAUUUCAAGGAGGAGAGAAAGGCACAUACCCUCUUGGAUAUGUCUUUGAUAUACUAAAUCUUAAUUUUAACUACAUAUAAAGUGUUUGGAAUUUUGAAAUUUACCCGUUCUCGUACUCUUACUUCACAAUUUUUUCGCACUCCUACCAACACUAUACAUAUUGGCCUCAUACUUGAGAAAUAUGCUAAAAAUUUAAAAUUUUUUUAUUUUUUGGUGUUAAAAAUGUUUAGUUUAAUUUUUUAAUUUUGAAAGGCUUUGAAGCCAUAAAUGCUCCUAUUUCUUUAAUCUUUGAAGCGUUCUGCGAAAAUAUUGUCUUUCCAUUUUCCUUCAAAUAUUUAAUGAAAAAGUUCGAGUGUACUAGCCGAUUUGCUUGCACUGUACAUGUCGCUGAAAGA